AUGAAAACGCGAAGAAAUGAAGACGUGAAGGAUCGGAUUGCAAUGAAGAAAACAGGAGACUCAAUGAGGGAACAGCUUACCCAAAGGGACCAGCAAAUAGAACAGCAAGAGGUGCAGAUAGAAAAAAAGGAACAAGAAUUUGAGGAAAUUCUUAAGAGACAUGCAGAGGUGCUGGAGAAUGAGUUCCGGAAGCAUACAGCGGAAAAAGAACUCUUACUCCAGUCUCAUGCAGCAGAGAUAGAUACAAUUCGGCAAAACCAUGAGGCAGAAAAAGCAGAAUUUUGGCAAAACCAUGUGGCAGAGAAGAAACUCGUGCUCCAGGCUCAUGCAGCAGAACUGGAGCAACCCUUUCAAAGCCAUGUGGCAGAGAAAGAGCAGAUCCUCAUGAGUCACGAGGCAAAAGUAAAGCAAAUGCUAGAGACUCAUGAGAAAGAAAGGACAAGAUUGAGUGAAGGACAUGAAAUACAUGUCAGGAAGAUUAUGAAGGAGAAUAAUAGUCUGAGAUGGGAGAUCCAAAAUUUAAAGGACAAGGUGGACGACCUUAAACUGGAGAAACGCACCUUAACCCUAGAACAGCAAGACAUGCUGCCUGCUCUAAGAAAGGCCCAAAUGCAGGUAGCCUCUUUGGAAAAAGAAUUAGAACAAGCUAAAGACAGAAAUAGUAAGUUGCAACAUGCCGUUGAAAUUGUUACAGAAAAGAUCCGAAAAAACAGAGAAGCAGCCAAUCAUGAGGCAUGUAAAAAGGAGAUUGCCUUGCUGCAUCAAAAGCUAGACCGUAAAAACGCUCUUAUAGCGACGGUCUCUCCAUCCACCCUUUAUGCUUUUUCGGACGAGGAAAGCGAGGAUGAAGAGGUGCCUGGGUCUCCGAAGAGGGGUGGGGGUCUGGGGAGCCCUUCCUCAAUUGCAGCCCCCUUAACUCUGCCCCCCUUUCUCUUUGCCCCAGGCUCCUCCUCCCCCCACUCCCUGCGCUACUUCUACACAGCAGUGUCUGAGCCUGGUUCGGGGCUGCCCCAGUUCAGCAUCGUGGGCUACGUAGACGACCAGCCCUUCACCAAGUAUGACAGCAUCACAAGGAGAGAUGUGUCCCUGGUUCCCUGGAUGGAGAAGGUUGGAAAAGAGGAUCCUCAGUACUGGGAAAGGAAUACUCAGCUCUCACAGGGCACAGAGGCUGUGUUCCGAGGGGAUCUGGUGAUUCUGCGGGAUCGCUUCCACCAGAAGAACAGCACAGGGCUCCACAUUCUGCAGGUUAUGUACGGCUGCGAGGUGGGGCCGGACGGGCAACUCAUUGGGGGGCAUCGCCAGGAUGCCUACGACGGGGAGGACUUCAUCGCCCUGGACAGGGAGACCCUCACCUGGACGGCCCCCGUCCCCCAGGCCCAGGAGACCAAGCGGAGGUGGGAGGGCGAGGGCCAUGAAGCCCAGCACUGGAACGCCUACCUGGAGGAGACCUGCGUGGAGGGGCUGCGGAGGUACCUGAGCUAUGGCAAGAAGAGCCUCCUGAGGACAGAGGCCCCAGUGUGGAGGGUGACACGCAAGAAGGGCCACGAUGGCCAGGAGACCCUCUUCUGCCAGCUCUACGGCUUCUACCCCAAGGGGAUCGAGGUCGCCUGGAUGAAGGACGGGGAGGACCGGAGGCCGGAGACCCUGACGGGGGGUGUCGUCCCCAACUCGGAUGGGACCUACCACACCUGGCUCAGCAUCAAGGUGGAUCCCAAGGAGAGGGACCGCUACCGGUGCCGGGUGGGGCACGACAGCCUGCCGGAGCCCCUGGACUUGGCCUGGGAGGAGCCAGCUUCCAACUUGGGACUCAUUCUGGUCAUCGCUGUUCUUCUGGUUGCUCUCAUCUUGGCGGUGGCUGGGGUCAUCUUCUACAGGAAAAGACAGAAAACGAAGGGCUAUAAAGCAGCAGCAGCAUCAGUUUCAAUACAUGAGCAGACUUUAGAGGCUGGUGGAAGACAGGAGGGCCUGGAGUGACUUUGUCCAGGGGGUCGCAAAGAGUCGGACUCGACUGUGCGACUGAACAGCAACAACAACAAACCUGAAGCGGAAGAAGAGAACAAAGAGGAUCAACUCAGGAGAUUCUGGGGAUCCACUAUCCCACACAAAGAACUACUGCUGCUUUCAACUUGUUUCUUGUGCCAUAAACUCUCUGUCAGGGGCUU